AUGACAAGCACCGCCAAAUACCAAGCUCAACAGCAUUUGUUGCCAAAACAACUCAACUAGAGAGUAGGUAGCAUCAGCAAUGAACUAGACUAUGCCAAGAGAAACUACAUCAUUAAGAUGAGAUAAUCUUUCAUUGAGGUCAACAAGAACAUUUAUUUCGAGGAUGGAUCCCUCAACUUCAAGUAUUUCAAUGUCAAGAAGGGACAUUAUUGGUCUAAGGAGAUCAACGAGGAACUCAUCAAGUAUGGAGUCACCAAUUACAAGGAUAUAAAGCAGAAGAUGGAAACAUUUAGAAGUGAAUGGAGUGAGACUGAAAUCAGACUCAGAAUAUGCAGACUCCUCAAGUGCUACAAUCUCAAAGCCUAUGAGAAUAGAAAGUUCAAUUCAAAGGAUGAAAUUCUCGAUGAAGCGAUCAAGAACAAGGAAGAAGCUACCAAGUAGAAGAAGAUUUGUGGUGGUAUUCUUUACAACCCAGUUGCUGAAUAGGAAGAUGGCAUCAUGAAUAGCUACUUCAACCUCAAGAACAAGAAAUGA